GCGGUUUAUUAUUUAAGUUUGUCUCAAGUGAGGGAGAAAGGUUUUCUUACGGGUCUGUGUUGCCUAGCAGCUUCCAGGCAGUGUACCUUAGGUUCCAGCGCGGACUUUUGGAUAUUUUUACUCCUGAGAUAUGUCCCAGACUGUAACUUUGAACGGACCCUCACCUUGGGGGUUUCGACUUGUGGGUGGAAGGGAUUUUAGCACACCUUUAACUAUUUCAAGGAUAACACCAGGUAGUAAAGCUGCGCUGAGUGACCUGUGCCCAGGAGACACCCUCCUCGCCAUCAAUGGAGACAGCACGGAGACUAUGACCCACAUGGAGGCCCAGAACAGGAUCAAGGCCUGCACGGAGCGGCUGGUCCUGGCCAUCAGCAGGUCAGAAGGAAAGGCCUGGUCUCCAACUGUUUUAGAAGAUGGUCAAACGAGCCCAUUCAGAGCCAUCGCAGAGCCCGAGUUCCAGGAUUCUUUCAGGCCAAUCGGAAGUGGGCCAGUGAGAAAGGUGGUGCAGCCGGUGCAGUAUGCCCCUGACGUGCAGCCGGUGCAGUAUACCCCCGACGUGCCGCUGAAGAACGGGAACUCAAAGCCCAGCGUGCAGUACAACAACCCUGCUGGUCUCUAUGGCAACAACAACAACAACGGCGAGGGGGCUCUGCCCAAGCAAAUGGCCGCCCUUGGCCUCAGCUCUCCCCUCAGCUCUCCACACAGCCUGGAGCCGCAGGUCCAGUCUCCGAGCAGUCGAAACGGAUUCGACCCGGAAUCAGACGUCUACAAGAUGCUGCAGGACAGCCAGGAGCCUGUGUCCGCUCCCAAACAAUCUGGCUCCUUCCGGUACCUCCAGGGAAUCCUGGAAGCUGAGGACGGAGGUGUCUCACCGACCGAGAGGAUGAGGAGCGUGAGGUCCCCGGUCCGGUCCCCCAUUCCCAAGCUGGGGAGCCCCAUCCCGGUCUCCGUGCCCGGCCUGCAGAAGCUGCCCCAGUGCACGCGCUGUGGGAACGGCAUCGUGGGGACCAUCGUGAAGGCGCGGGACAAGCUGUAUCACCCAGAAUGCUUCAUGUGCGAUGACUGCGGCCUGAACCUGAAGCAGAGGGGGUACUUCUUCAUCGAAGAGAACCUGUACUGCGAGACCCACGCCAAGGCUCGGGUCCAGCCUCCGGAGGGGUACGACGUGGUCGCCGUGUACCCCAACUCCAAAGUGGAACUGGUCUGAGUUUUCACAACUUACCCCAACACUAACCCCUUUGAAUCACCCAGAAUUCCUUGUAACGUUUUGUACGCACUGCAUAUCCAAACUCUGGCCUGGGAAAAUGGAGAUAUGGGUGAAGAGAGAUGGAUAUAUCCAAGGUUAUUUUUUUCUUUCAUUGCCUUUCACACUUGCAGCAUAAAGUACUAACUAGACUUGCUUAUUUGGUUGGGUUGUUUCCUAAUGAAUAUUGCUUGUGUACGCAUCUGCUGAGGUUUUUAAGGUAAUUUUAACUCAUUGAAGUGAACCGAUUUCUCCCCCACUAUCAGUAGUACUUGUGACACAAUGUCGACACAGUAUCCGUCUACACUAAUUCCACAUUUUGUCUGGAUUCGUACACAAUGAACACAAUGUAUUUGCUUGGGACUGAUGUAUUGGGUUAGUUAUUCUUUCAAAAAGAAAGAAGAAAGAAAUGGCUUCUUCAAACAAAGGAAAUUGAAUGGGAGAGGGGCGGCGUGGUACAUCUGCCUGGGACAGAUCUGUAAGCCUUACAGCUUAAAUUAACAUAGUUUCACCAUGGCGGUCUUUGUUGCCUCUGUAUCAGUACAUUCCAAUGCCCCCCCCCCCCCCCCACAGCUUUUAAGAUGCAGUGGGGAAUUGGGAAAGGAGUCAAGUUGAAAAUAUUGAGAGUCGAGCCCAUGAACAUUACAUUGCAUUAAAGGCAUUUAGCAGACGCUCUUAUCCAGAGCGACGUACAAUGAAGUGCAAAUCAAACCCAGGGACAAGUACGUUCUGGACCCUAGAGAAAAGUACAUUUCCGAGCCCAAGCGUGUGGACCUAGCAUGAACCUUUCAACAUGUGGAAACCGUAUUAAUUUCUUCAGGUUCUGGCACUUAUUUGCUGAUGCAGUGCUCAGUGGGUAAUGGACUCAGUUUGAAAGAUUUGAAAAUGCGUCAUAUUAGCAGUCAUUAACAAUUUGACAUUUUUGUGGAAGAUGGACAGUUUCAGUGGGACACUGAUCAGAUUGAUCUGAUUAUUAUUAUUAUUUUUUUGGGGGGGGGUGGUUUGUUAGUCUUUCACAAACAUUCUUUAUCGGUUUUCACUGAACAUUGCCAUGAUUAGGAUUAUCUUGGUUACAAUCAUCAAACUGAAUUUGAAUGAAUUGAAAGAUAAAAUGUGCUAAAUAUUUGAAAUAUUUUUUAAACUAGAAAAAUGAAUUUAUUUUUAAGCAAAGAAUGAUGAAAAAAUACUUGCAUGGCCUUAUUCCUUUUGAAAGUGUUUUGGGAAACUCCUGCUUUUCCCCCAUUCCGUUCAUACCAAGGUGGAGAAGCACAUUGUACAUUUUUUGGAAUAAUAUAGUUCAUGUGUUGUUGGGUUUUUUUUAGUAAAUUGAGUAUUGUAUAUAUUAUUUCCUCUUUUUACAGCUGUCAGUUUUGUAAAAGCUUUUAACGAAUAUAACGUGUCAUUACUCUGGUUGCUCCGCGUCCCUACACCAUUGAAAGGUUAACUGUUUCUUUUUUUUCUUUAAAUUAUUGUUUUGUUGAUGCAUUUUGUUUUUGUUUCUUGCCAUUGGUGUCAGUGUCAAUAAAGAAAAAAAAUGGGAAACCA